AUGUCUAGCUGCUUGCAUCCCCUGCCCCUUUUCUGCCCGGGGAGUCAGCUUCGCGUAGAUCUCGUCCUCACAUACCGGAUACUAACUGAAAUCGACUGGGGGGGGGGGGGGGGGGGGGGGGGGGUGGGGGGCGUUGGGGCCGGCCGUGAAGCGGGGCCGGGGGUGGGGGGGGGGGGGGGGCUUGCAACUUUCUUUAAUGAGAACUGGGGAGUUGAUGGAGAACCGGGGGGGGGGGGGGCCGGGGCGGGGCUGCCGGGCUUGGGGGUGGGGGCUAGGGGGGGUGGAGGAGGGGUGCGAGGGGGGACGGUGAGGGGGGGGGGGGGGAGGUGGGGAGGGGGGGGACGGGGGUGGGGGGGGGGCCGGGGGGGGGGGGGGUUGGUGGGGGGUGGGGGGGGGGGUGGGGGUGAGUGGUUGUGGGAUUCUUCUUGCAGGGAUUAG